CAGAAUGGAAAUUGCAGAAACCCCAUUGGAUGUUCUGUCAAAAGCAGUUGCUCUUGUCGAGACAGAAGGAGAACCAGGAAUAUUGGAUCCUCAGAAUCACAAGCUGAGGGCACUUUUCCCUUCACAAAGGAUCUCCCUGGGUACAUUACUCCUCCACUGAACAUAUCCUCACGCAACUCCUUCAGUUUUAGUGGUAUGCUUCCAAGUUAUACAAGUGGGAAUGAGGGACUUCCUGGAAUGGAAAGAAAACGACACUCAACGCCUUAUAUAUUUACUGAUUCUAUGUCAGACUACAAUCAGCCACUAGAUAUGACAAAAAAAUGUUGUAAAAAUAUGGAACAACAGUCACAACAAAGAAGACCAUCAGUGAUUACAUGUGCUCCAGCACUGAUGCGUUCACAUUGUCAAAGAAAAGAUCAUGGUGCAAGACUGUCUUCUCCGCUGAGUGAAGCAAGUCCCACUGGGAGUAUCUUAUCUCAUUCUGAUGAUAAUGUUCAACCUGGUUAUCGUAGAGAAGUGGUUUCAGGUAUGUGUGACCCUGUUAUUGAUGAACACUUCAGGAGAUCUUUGGGCAAGGAUUAUCCAGAAUUCCUUUCUUCAGCUACUCCUACAGCUCCAAGUGUUUCAAUUACAGUUGACGACCACUUUGCUAAAGCUUUGGGAGACAUCUGGUUAAGGCUGCAACACACCAAACCUGGCCCAAAGGAUAUCACUACUGCAACAGCAGCUGCCUCAGGAACAAAGAUGUCUCCACGUUCCUCCCCGUCAUCACCAAUACUACAACAUCCCCAAGGAAUGGUGUCUACAUAAAGUUAGAAAUGUUUGUGGUGGAAUCUGAUCUCUGUGUAAUAUAUUAUAGUCUUGUGAUGGUUUCUUGAACUGUGAACAGUAAAACAGGAUAUGGUAGAUAGAAAACUAAAUAUGUUUGUUGCCGUUAUUUUU